AUGUCGGACGAAGAAGCCUCGAUGAGCGAGUUGUCCGAUGACUACUCGGAUGCGGCCGAUGACUUUGAUGAGGACAUGGAGCAAGGUCAGUUGGUGGUACUGUAGCUGCACAUGGGAUGGAUCUUUGCCCUGUUCUCGUGCUCUCGCUCGUUCCCCUUCCCCUGGCCGCCGGCGCCGCCUCGCUUCCUGCCGCUCUGGGCCGUGUCGGUCGCUGUGUGUCGUGCGCGCCUCCGCCGGCCCACGCCCACAUGAUGAUGACGCGCCUCGACAUCGCCUCAACCAGAGACACCUGGCUCGGCCACCCAAGCCACUGCCCACGUAGCACCGCCGAAAGCACCCGUGCACACACCCAUGCUGACACUGUGGCCCAAUCCCACAGGCUACGACGACGAUUCCGAACUGUCCGAAGGGUUCAUCUCGGACUCGGGCUUCUCCCCACUCGGCGAUCCGUCCUCGACCUGCUCGACCGAUCGACGAGGCUCGCUCGACCCCAAAGGCAAAGGCAAGGCUCGCGCGUCCAACAUUUCUUCCUUUCGUCGCGUCGGGGAGGUCGAGUUCAGGGUCCUUAGUUCGCAGGAACUCAAGGAUGAACAGAGCAGGGCCGUCGAUUACGUUGCGGAUAUGCUCAAGCUCAAGGUCAGUUCCGUCUCGUUGACAUCGGGCGGGGAAUCUGGAUGUCAUAGCGCGAACCAAGCCAAGGGACAAGCUGUGUACGACGAGUUCAUCGCUUGUUCCUUGGAAUCGCUUCUUCCUGUCCUCAACAAUGACCGCUUCCUCGUUCUGCCUAUGAUUGUGCCGAACUGACUUUUCGCGCCUCGUCCUCUUGCCACUUUAGCCCGAGGGAGCCGCCGUUCUGUUGCGCUACUUUGCCUGGAAGAAGGAGAAGCUGCUCGAGGUGCGUGCCAUCUCAAAAACUUGCUGUCGCUGCAAGUACUAACCUGUUCGGCAUGCACGCUCGCGCACAGGCCUACAUGGAAGACUCGGAAGGGACCUUGGCCAAAGCCGGCAUUCAGGAAAGCGGUUCUCAGCCUCGCCUCAAGCGCGUGCGAGGUUUUGAAUGCAGCAUUUGCUACGAUGACUCGAACCAGGAGACUCUCGCGCUGAGUUGCGAUCAUCGAUGUGAGCUGCUGGUGCGUUGAUAGGUCAUUAUGCCGAGAGACUGACCAUUCCAGCGCUGCCGUCUGCUCAGUUUGCAAGGCGUGCUACUUUACCUACGUCAUGGCCAAGAUCAACGACGAAGGCGAGAGUCGACGGAUACAGUGCAUGGGCAAUGACUGCAACGUCAUCGUUGACGAACGGACCGUUGAACUCCUUGCCGACGACGAUACGUUGGCGCGCUACCGCUCCUUGUUGAACCGCACCUACGUCGACGACAACAACCAGCUGCGAUGGUGCCCCGCGCCCAACUGCGACUACGCGAUCGAAUGCAACGUCACGCCGCGACAACUCAACUGCGUGAUCCCGACCGUCGAGUGCGCGUGCUCGCACAUGUCCUGCUUCGGCUGCGGCGAAGCCGAUCAUCGCCCCUGUGUUUGCCCGAUCGUCAAGCGCUGGCUCAAGAAAUGCGCCGACGAUUCCGAAACAAGCAAUUGGAUCCAAGCCAACACCAAGGAAUGCACAAAGUGCAAUUCGACGAUCGAGAAGAACGGAGGGUGCAAUCAUAUGACGUGCAAGAGGUGUCAGUGGGAGUUUUGUUGGGUGUGCAUGGGCCCGUGGUCCGAUCAUGGCACGGCUUGGUACAAUUGCGCACGGUUCGAGGAGAAGGGUGAGAAGGGGAUCGAGGAUGUGCAGAGCAAGUCGAGGGCAAGUCUGAAGCGAUACCUCCAUGUACGUUCUCUUUGGCAUCGUUCUUUUCUGUUGGAAGAGCUUCGAAUUGAGGUUUGAAUUGGGCCCUGCAGUACUACAACCGCUAUGCGAACCACGAGCAAUCGAUCAAGCUCGAGAAAGAGUUGGCCCUCCGGACGGAGAAGAAGAUGGAUGAGAUGCAAGAGCAUUCAACCUUGUCAUGGAUCGAGGUCCAGUUCCUUGCCAAGGCCGUGCAGGAAUUGACAAGGGCAAGGACGAUCCUCAAGUGGACGUAUGCGAUGACUUUCUACCUCGCGAAAAACAACCAGACGCAGAUGUUUGAGGAUAACCAAAAGUGAGCGCCGAAUCUGAGGCUAGAUUGGGCCAACGAAUACGUACUUACUAGACACCUUGUCUUCUGCAUAUACAGUGAUCUCGAACAAGCCGUCGAAUCCCUUGCCGAACUCGUUGAACGACCUUUGGAGGAAGACAAGAUUGCGCAAUUGCGUCAACAAACGACGGAUCGCACCGUUUAUGUCGCGAAGAGGUGCAAGGUCUUGUUGGAGGAUACGUUGAGGGGUUACGAUGAGCAGCGGUGGAUUUGGGCCGAUCCGAUCAAGCUUUGA